GGUCUUCGGCGCGCGGGAAGCCGCGGGUGGUGGCGGCUCCUUGCGGACCGCGUCCCUGCAGGGUCGCUGUUUAACUCGGCUAACGUUUCCAGCCUCCCUUUGCCCGGUGGGGACUUGGGAGGAUGAAAGUGAUCACGUGUGAAAUCGCCUGGCACAACAAGGAGCCAGUGUACAGCCUGGACUUCCAGCAUGGUGCCGCCUGGAGGAUCCACAGGCUGGCUUCCGCGGGCGUGGACACCGCCGUCAGGAUCUGGAAGGUGGAGAAGGGGCCAGAUGGCAAGGCUAUUGUGGAAUUUCUCUCCAAUCUUGCUCGGCACACCAAAGCUGUCAAUGUCGUACGUUUUUCUCCCACUGGGGAGAUCUUAGCAUCUGGAGGAGAUGACGCCGUCAUUCUGCUGUGGAAGGUGAAUGAUAGCAAGGAGCCAGAGCAGACCGCCUUUCAGGAUGAGGAUGAGGCUCAGCUGAAUAAGGAGCACUGGACUGUGGUAAAAACCCUGAGGGGCCACUUAGAAGAUGUGUAUGACAUUUGCUGGGCAACUGAUGGGAACUUGAUGGCCUCUGCUUCUGUGGAUAACACAGUUAUCAUAUGGGAUGUCAGCAAAGGACAGAAGAUUUCCAUUUUCAACGAACAUAAAAGCUACGUACAAGGAGUUACCUGGGACCCUUUGGGCCAAUACGUUGCGACCCUGAGUUGUGACAGGGUGCUGCGAGUCUAUAGCACUCAGAAGAAACGGGUGGCCUUCAACGUUUCAAAGAUGCUAUCUGGACUAGGGCCUGAAGGAGAGGCAAGAAGCUUCCGCAUGUUUCAUGACGACAGCAUGAAGUCAUUCUUCCGCAGACUCAGUUUUACUCCAGACGGAUCUUUGCUUCUCACUCCAGCUGGAUGUAUGGAAUCUGGUGAAAAUGUGACAAACACAACGUAUGUGUUCUCCAGAAAACAUCUGAAAAGGCCCAUUGCCCACCUUCCGUGCCCUGGGAAAGCAACGCUCGCUGUCCGCUGCUGUCCUGUCUACUUCGAACUGAGGCCAGUGGCGGAAACAGAGAAAGCCUCAGAGGAGCCCAGCCCCGAGCUGGUGAGCCUGCCCUACCGGAUGGUGUUUGCGGUGGCCUCCGAGGACUCCGUGUUGCUCUAUGACACUCAGCAGCCUUUCCCAUUUGGCUACGUGUCUAACAUCCAUUACCACACCCUGAGUGACAUUUCCUGGUCCAGUGAUGGGACCUUCCUGGCCAUUUCCUCCACGGAUGGUUAUUGCUCGUUUGUGACCUUCGAGAAGGGUGAACUUGGCAUACCUUUGAAGGAGAAGCCAGUUUUGAGCAUAAGAACUCCUGAUACAGCAAAGAAAACCAAGAGCCAGACACACCAGGGAUCUUCACCAGGGUCCAGAUCAGUCGAAGGAACCCCCACGGGCAGAAUCCAAGACCCCAGCAGCCCCUGUACCACCCCCUCACCAACCACACAGUCUCCAGCUCCGUCUGCCAUCAAGGACAGUCCCUCAGCCACUCCGGCUGGCAAAAGCUCUUUGCCACGACCUUCUGAGGAGAAGACCCUGCAGCCUGCUAGUCAAAACACAAAAGCCCCCCAACCCCGGAGGGUCACACUGAACACGCUGCAGUCCUGGGGCAAGACCACUCCCCGAGCACACUCUGCCCUUUGAGAUCUUCGUGCCCGCUUCCUGGGGGAGGCCCUGGAUACCUACUCCUGGUGACGCUAGAAUCUUGCUGAGACCCAUUUGAAUGCGUCUUCUGUCGUCCUGGUCUUGUGACCCCCGCCCCGGUAGUGUUCUCUGGCAGGGGUUUGUUUCCGCUUAGGUUAUAAGCGUACAAGGACAGGAAGUGCCCUCUUCUCAGCCAGCGGCACCAGGCACCCCAUCAUGUAGGAAAUGACCGGAGUGCUGCAUCGCGGAGCUCUCUGGCACUCACUAACUGCCUGAACCAGUCACUGAGGAGAAGGAAAGCCUUGAUUGGCUCACGGGCUCUGAGGAAUCGGUCCACAGUGAAUGCCUCUUAGUUCUGGGCCGCGUCACUACGGGAUGGUGGGGGGUACGUGUUGCGGGGGGAGCUGCUCACCUCAUGGAGGCCAAGAGGAUAGAGCAGGAAAGAAGGAACCGGUGUCCCUGUACCCCUUCCAGGGCGCCCUCAGUGACCCAACAGCGUCCCUUGGACCCCCCUCCCAUAACACCACAGCCCAGGGACCUUCUACUGGGGCCUUUGCAGGUCCGCACCAUCACAGGUGCGUUCCUUGUAAACUUCAAGUCUUUAUUUAUUUAA